AUGAAAAUUAACCUUUUGUGUUUACAAAAAUGGCGCGAAAUGGCGCCAAUUUCUAAAGGUUAUGUUAUGUUAGAUUGAUGGUUCAGUAAAUAAUCAUUGGUGACAAAUGAUAAAAAUAUAGAAAAUGUAGAUUCUCUGUGUAAUAUAUUAAUAUAAUAACCGCAAGAGUGAUUGUAAAAAUACUCCGAAAAUUAGACAAAACGAAAGUUAACAACAUGAGUCAGAACGAAGAAAAUGACAAAGACGAAAGUGACAGUUGUGUAAAUCUUAAGGACUCAAUUCCACUUAUAAAUGAUCUGUUUCAUGUGCAUUGUAAAGUUGGAGAAGGUGCAUUUAGUUCUGUCUUCCUGGCUACAUUAAAAUCUUCUGAUAGACGUAAAAAGUUUGCCUUAAAACACUUGAUUCCUACUUGCAAUCCUGAAAGAAUCGAACGUGAAUUGCAAUGCUUACAAAAAAUAGGGGGCAAUGAUUAUAUUGUUGGCUUAGAAUUAUGUUUGAGAUAUCGUGGUUCAGUAGCAUUUGUAAUGCCAUAUAUGAAACAUGAUAGAUUUUCAGAAUAUGUCAAAAAUAUGACUACUGAAGAAACAAAGGAUUACAUGAGAGCUCUUCUAACUGCCCUGCGAAGAGUACACAAGUUUAAUAUCAUACAUAGAGAUGUGAAACCCAAUAACUUUCUCUAUGAUCGUACUAAUAGAAGAUAUUUAUUAGUGGACUUUGGUCUUGCGCAGCAAUAUACUGUGGAGAAUCUAGAAACUAUAACAGAAAUAAAUAGUCAAAGCAUUGAAAUACCAAAAACAGCACUUAGUAUGAAGCGAAAGAGAUUUGACGAAAAUAAUUUGAACUUUCAAUUUAAUCCCAUUGCCAAGAAGAACAUGGAAAAUAAAUGUUACUGUUUUGGAAAACCCAGAGUAUGCACAUUAUGUUUAGUAAAGCCACAACAAACGGCACCACGUGCAGGUACACCUGGCUUUCGUGCUCCAGAAGUUUUAUUGAAACAUCCUUCACAAACUUCAGCAAUUGAUAUUUGGGCUUGUGGUGUGAUGAUGCUAUGUAUACUCAGUGGUACACAACCAUUUUUUCGCUCGCCUGACGAUUGCACAGCUUUAAUGGAAAUAACAGCGAUAUUUGGAACUUGUAAUGUACAACAAUGUGCAUAUAAAUUAGGUAAAAAAGUUAUUUUUAGUGAAAGUUUACCAUGCACUGAUCUUAUGUCUUUGUGCCUAAAGUUACAAAAAAGAAAUAGGAGAAUAACACAUGAUAGAGAGAAUAGUAUAUGCAAAAAGGCACCGUCAAAUAUCGAGUAUCCCAAUGAAGCAUAUCAUCUUUUGACGAGACUUCUAGAUUUGGAUUACAAGACACGUAUCACUGCAGAACAAGCAUUAUCUCACCCAUUUUUAAGUUCAUAAUAUAUUAAUGUUGAAAUUGUUUUAUAGAGUCUAAAAUCUAUCGUGUAUUUUGCAUGCAUGCAAGGGUACAUUACAUUUCAUCUAUGCGUAAUUAUAAUCAUAAUUAUUUCAUUUAAAAAAUUACGACUUUAAUUUAUUAAAUAUAUACUUUUGUUACUUCAAAGUUGCUUUUUGUUAAAGUAUAUAAAAUUUUCUGAUCUAACAAAUUGUUGAAAAUAACAUU